CCCCGCCCUUCUCAACUGCGAUAGCGAUGCUAUCAUAAGCGUCUUUGGUGAAACGGAGGACGAUGUAUGUCCCGCUUCGGGAUAUUCGACCGUCGAGUGCGACAUCUUGAAGUGUUUAGAGGAGUUUGAAAAGUACGUUGAAAGUAGUCAUUUGCUUGCGCUGUGCAAAAAUGUCGCAGGACGUGGGGCCUCCUAGCAUCGGUUGCAGUGAAGAGGCAGCCGAGCAGACGACCGAAACUGCUGCCGCCGACAGAACGGGCAAAACCAUGGCAGCGGAGGUGACACUCGCCGAUGCCUUGUCCAACGUGGAUGUGUUGGACGAGCUGCCGCUGCCGGAUCAGCAGCCCUGCAUCGAAGCUUUGCCCUGCAGCAUAGUGUAUCAUGCCAACUUCGACACGAAUUUCGAAGACCGAAAUGCAUUUGUGACAGGAGUCGCCAAGUACAUUGAAGAAGCCACCGUCCAUGCCGAGCUUAAUGAAAUGCUUGAGCAAGGACAGGAGCAUGCAGUCAUGCUUUAUACAUGGAGGUGUUGCUCACGUGCCAUUCCACAGCCUAAGUCAAAUGAGCAACCGAAUAGGGUAGAGAUUUAUGAAAAGACAGUUGAAGUGCUUGCACCUGAGGUGAACAAGUUGCUCAACUUCAUGUACUUUCAGAGAAGGGCCAUUGACCGGUUCACAGCUGAGGUUAGGAGGUUGUGCCAUGCUGAAAAACGGAAAGACUUCGUGUCAGAAGCCUACCUCUUAACCCUUGGCAAGUUCAUCAAUAUGUUUGCUGUGCUGGAUGAGCUGAAAAACAUGAAGUCCAGUGUGAAAAAUGACUAUGCAACUUACAGGAGGGCAGCCCAGUUCCUGAAGGUAAUGGCCGACUCUCAAGCACUUCAGGAGUCGCAGAACCUGUCCAUGUUUCUGGCAACGCAAAACAAAAUACGCGACACACUUAAGGAGACCCUGGAGAAGAUUGUUGGCUAUGAUGACCUCUUAGCAGACAUUGUCAACAUCUGUGUCCAGAUGUAUGAGACCAAAAUGUACAUGCUGCCUGCAGAGAAGCACAUGCUGGUUAAGGUGAUGGGAUUUGGUCUUUUUCUAAUGGACGGAGAGGUGUGCAACAUCAACAAGCAAGACCAGAAGAAACGGAUAAACAUCAGCAAGAUUGACAAGAUAUUCAAGGCUCUGGAAAUGGUGCCACUGUUUGGAGACAUGCAGAUAGCACCAUUCCACUAUAUCAAGUGCAGCCCACACUAUGAGGCAUCCCGGUGGCCAUUGGCAAGUGCGAGCAGCCCAAGCCCUCAAUCUGACCUCUUGCAACACCUGCCAGCCAUUCGAGACGACUACGAACGCUACAUCAGCGAACUCGCACGUCACAGUAAUGAGGUCACAACAACCGUAAAAGAAACACCGCGAACUGAUGCAGAGAACAAGGAGCUGAAUGACUUGGCUCUUAGGGGACUCCAACUCCUGUCUGACUGGACAACUCACGUCACAGAGCUUUACUCAUGGAAGUUGAUGCACCCUACUGACCCACACCAGAACAAGGACUGUCCACAGGAGGCUGAGGAGUAUGAGCGAGCCACACGUUACAACUAUACUGAUGAAGAAAAGUUCGGCUUGAUUGAAGUGAUAGCCAUGGUAAAAGGCCUACAGGUUCUCAUGAGCCGAAUGGAGACGGUCUUCACGGAUGCUGUCAGGCGACAUGUGUACUACGAACUACAGGGAUUUGUGCAGUGCACUUUGCGUGAGCCACUACGUAAGGCCGUGAAGAACAAGCGUGACCUUGUCCGCAGCAUCAUCAUGUCUGUUCGAGAGACAUGCGCUGACUGGAAACGUGGGACAGAACCCAACGAGGACCCAGCUCUCAGGGGGAAGAAAGACCCUGACAAUGGAUUUGAUAUUUCUGCACCGCGGAGAAAUGUUGGCCCUUCCAGCACGCAGUUGUACAUGGUGCGCACUAUGCUGGAGUCACUGAUUGCUGACAAGAGUGGUGGCAAGCGAACUCUGCGCAAGGACAUCGAUGGUCCCUCCCUCAUGGAGAUUGACAGGUUCCACAAGGGAUCUUUCUACUGGAACUACCUACUCAACUUUAGCCAAACAUUGCAAGAGUGUUGUGACCUGUCCCAGUUGUGGUACCGAGAAUUCUACUUGGAAAUGACAAUGGGAAAAAGAAUCCAGUUCCCGAUUGAAAUGUCCCUUCCGUGGAUCCUGACCGAUCACAUCCUAACCACAAAGAACCCUUCCAUGAUGGAAUGUGUAUUGUACCCUUUGGACUUGUACAACGACAGUGCAUUCUAUGCCCUCACUAAGUUCAAAAAACAGUUUCUCUAUGAUGAAGUGGAGGCUGAAGUCAACCUGUGCUUCGACCAGUUUGCAUACAAACUGAGUGACCAGAUAUUUGCUUACUAUAAGCACCUGGCUGGCAGCAUCCUGCUGGACAAGCGCUUCCGCGUUGAGUGUGCAAGCAACUCAACUGUGUUUGCCUACCCCGUGGCCAACCGGUACGAGACUCUGUUGCGGCAGCGACACGUGCAGCUGCUGGGCCGCUCGGUAGAUUUGAACCGCCUGGUUGCCCAGCGGUUGGGUGCUGCGCUCCAACGGAGCCUGGAGCUCGCCGUCGCGCGCUUUGAGGCGCAGGACAUCACGGGUGUUGUGGAGCUUGAAGGCCUGCUGUCAGUGAAUCGUAUGACACACAAGCUACUGAGCAAGUUUGUCACCCUCGAUGACUUCGAUGCCAUGCUGAGAGAAGCAAACCACAAUGUCCUGGCACCUUAUGGUCGCGUGUGUCUUCACGUCUUUUGGGAGCUUAACUAUGACUUCUUGCCAAACUACUGCUACAACGCAGCUACAAACAGGUUUGUCAAGGUGAAAGACAUCACUCUGACGCAACCUGUGACUAGGGAGAAAAUGCCCAGUGCCCAGCCUCACUACAUCUAUGGGACUAAGGCAUUGAACUCGGCAUACCAGCAAAUCUACAGCCUGUACAGUGGCUUUGUGGGUGCACCCCACUUCCGUGCCAUCUGCCGGCUCCUGGGCUACCAGGGCAUUGCUGUUGUCAUGGAGGAACUGCUCAAAAUCGUCAAGAGCCUGAUCCAAGGUACCCUGCUGCAGUACACGAAAACCCUCCUAAAAGUAAUGCCCAAACACUGUAGGCUCCCACGCUAUGACUAUGGCUCCCCUGGUCAGCAUCCUUGGUUCCUUGGUUACUACCACGCUCAACUGAAUGACAUUGUGCAGUACCCCGAUGUGAAGACUGAAAUGUUCCAAAGCUUUCGGGAAGUUGGCAAUGCUAUACUGUUCUGCCUUCUGAUAGAGCAGAGCUUGUCACAGGAAGAGGUGUGUGACCUCCAGCAUGCUGCACCAUUCCAGAACAUUCUGCCACGACCUUACUGUAAAGAUGGAGAAAAACCGGAGACCAAGCUGAAGCGUCUUGAAGCCAAGUACGGGCCUCUGCAGGUGGUGCAGACUAUUGAGCGCCUUGGAACACCAAAGCAAGCCAGCAUUGCCAAGGAGGGGGACCUCCUGACGAAGGAGCGCCUGUGCUGCGGCCUGUCGGUGUUUGAGGUCAUCCUGACACGCAUCAAGUCUUACCUGGACGACCCCUUGUGGGUGGGGCCACCUCCUACCAAUGGGGUCAUGAAUGUGGAGGAGUGCACCGAGUUCCAUCGCCUGUGGAGUGCUCUGCAAUUUGUCUACUGCAUCCCUGUCGGCGAGAACGAGUUCACUGUCGAGCAACUGUUUGGGGAAGGAUUGCACUGGGCCGGCUGUGCCAUGAUCGUGCUGCUUGGACAGCAACGCCGCUUCGAGGCCCUCGACUUCUGCUACCACAUUCUGCGAGUUCAGCGAGUUGAUGGCAAGGACGAGCUGGUCAAGGGAAUUCCCCUGAAGCGGAUGGUGGACCGCAUUCGACGUUUCCAAGUGCUCAACUCACAGAUAUUUGCUGUGCUGAACAAAUACCUAAAAACAAGUGAUGCCGACAGCCUGCCUGUGGAGCAUGUGCGCUGCUAUCCUCCACCUAUCCACCAAUCGCUCGCAGCCUCGAGACCUCCACCAGGCACCAUUUACAUGCGCGCUGACAUUGUCCUCAAGUAAUGGGUGACUGCUAGUGCUUUCAUCAUCCGAAUGGUCAUGGCAGGCCCGGAAGUUUUGAACCACAAGAAUCAUUUGGGUUCACUUAGCAUGAAGGUGCACUUGUGUAGUAUGGGAAGUAGACGUGACACAUUGCUCACUAGGUAACACAUAAGCAUCUGCUGCAUUAAUUUAGUAUGAUGUCCAAUUUGGUGUUGCUGACUCAGUGACUUUUACGAUCAAUCCCGGUCCUAUGCUCACAUUUUAUGGGAAGUUCUAUCAUUCUCAAAGUGCUGGUUGGUUAUGUGUAUGCCAUCUUGGACAGUGAAAAAUAAUGUGGCCCCAAUGCCUGUAUGUGUACUCUUAGCUGCUUGUGUAAGAUUGAGGGACUUGUGGUUCGUGUUCUCAACUAUCAUGGAAAAGUAUAGCGUUCUCCAAGUAACUGACAACCUCUAGAUGUAAGCCUUUAGUGAGAAGAGAACAACAUUCCAAACAUGAUUCCAUUCUUUCAUGAAAGGCACAUCUGGAGGCAAGAGAACUUAUACCAACAAUAUAAAUGCAUGCCUUUGACUAGGCUACUUUGUAACAUAAUUGUUUACACUAAUGCAGUAAUUUAUAGUGUAAUUGGCCUUGUGCAAGAAUGUAGAAUUGUCCAAGUAAGCCUAGAGGAGUGUUUAUACCAAAUGCAGUUACCUGAACCUUGAAUUUAAUUAGUACUGUGAACGUCAUUUGGCUGACACGUGUCAUGAUUCUGGGUCAUAGUGCUGAAGUAUGUUCAAAGAAGUUUCGUUAGUGUUCUUGGUUGUGAAAUUGUAGGUCCCUCCUAAAAUGUUGGCCUUGUUCUUCAGUGUGAGCCAUAUAUAUGGCCCCUCAUGUCUCAUUUCAAUACUGCUGGGCUAAUUAAAGUUGCCGCCCCCCCUCCCCCCUUUUCUUUCAUGUCUAUGUCUUCCUCCUCCAGCAAACUAAUUGAGUGCAUUGUGUUCUAUCAAGUUUUAUUUUCUUGUUUCCCCCCCCCCCCCUUUAGGUGGCAUUGACAGGACAAAGCAGCUAAAACAUGUUUGUCCUUCACGUUUAGGUAGACCCUAAUGUAACAGCAGGAAGUGCUUAUGUUAAUGUUCUUGGGCUAUGUGCCAAAGCCACAUCUUGAGUUUGAGACAUGCUAGACAUAAUAAAAUGUACUUGUCCACUGUUCCCAGAAACCAUUUUAAACCCGCUUUUGAAGAGGAUAUGUAACGCUAAACUUCAGGAAAUCAAUGGACGAAGAAUACAUGUGAGACUAAAGUAGGUUGAUUGAUAGUACUGUUUUUAUGUGUAUGACCCACCCUCCUGAUUACAAUAUAGUAGAACCGUUUAAUAAAUUUUUAAGAAAUGCAAACGAAAACAUACCAACUGCGAAAACGUACGAUCUGAAGCCGCUAAAAAAAUUCGGCAGGCUCAACUGUAGUUGCCAUCCAUGUAAUGCAAAGGGUUACGCGAAUUGUUGUGGCACGAGAUGCCGAGCUGGUGGGGCUCAAGUGGGCCGAGACGCACAUCGUUUUUACAGCUUCAGCAAGCUUACGUUUGCGCUUCUCGAAUUCGGCCUGGGUCAACAGUUUCUUCAGGCGGGGCAUUUUUACAGGAAGUUUUGACGUGCUCACUCGGCACCUGGCACGAGAUGUCAACAUCUGUUUGAAAUGAAUUCGAGUGGGUGGUCUUUACCUGAAUAUGAUGCCACCAUAGCGAAACAUGAUCCUCACUUUGAGCUGCCUGCAGCAGGGAACGGCAGUGCAUUUGGGUUCUCAUCUUUUAAAAGCGUGCUGUGUGCUUUCAACAGCACUACAUCACACUUAUCUACUGUUCUCAAUAACACACACCUCACGCAUUUUCUUGUUAACAUGGGAUCUAGUGGCCGGAAAAUGUACCGUACGACCGCAUUUUGGCCAUGUACUGAACAUUAGUGCCGAAAAAUAGUGUUUUCUGGGAAUUUGUCAACCAGCAAAAAAGAAGUGUAACUGUGUUAGGUCAUUUUUUGUGCUGGUGGCGGGAAAUCUUACGAAACGGGAUCGUAUCACCGAUGUCCUACUGUAUUCAGAAAGGGGAAAAAGAGUUCUGCUUGUGUAACCAUAGGCAACAAUAUUAAAAUCCUGUAUAUACAAGCCACCCAGGAACAUUGUUGGCACAGUGAAAAAAGAAAGGUACAGGAUUAAUACUGUUUUAUACUUUCAGUAAUUAUCGCUUUCACCUAUUUGUUCAUAUACAGUGUAGCUUCAUGGCAUACAAUGUGGCUGCAUCUGUAAUCACACACCAACUUUGCCUUCAGGUGCAGCUGCCCAGCAAUGUGCUCCAUGCUGCUGUGCAGCCGCACCAAAUGGCAACAUGUAGCAUCUCUCGUAGCCCUCGUGUUACUUUGAGACUUCAAAUCCAAUAAUCUUUUUUAACAUUCAUGUACAACAACUGCACUUUGUUCCUAAGUUUCUUGAUUAUUUUUAACGUGGGGCGAGUGCAUGAAAACAUGGUAGUUUUAUGAGGGCAAGAUAUUCACUGAGAAUAUAUUGCUGCGUAUUUAGGUUUAGGCUAGGCAGAAAUGCAGCCUUGUAAGGUUGCAGCAUACAAUGCAGAACUUCUGUCACUUUCAGAAAAUUAUUUUAGUUCUAUUGUGAAUUCUACACACGUCAUGCAGCAAAGGCAACUUUGAUGCAGCUGCUGUUUUGUCUAUGUAGGUGUUAUAAAGUGAAGGGUGUGAUGUGCUACUGCCAGUGAACUACUACUGCAUAGGAAGUUUUUAAUUAUCUAUUUUAUUUCACCUGUGGCAAAAAUAAUAAAAAGAAAUACAAGUGUAAUACAGUACCAGCGUGUAUGUAAUCCACAUUGUGCUGUCAUUGUCACUUUUUGUGGAGCUGUCUGUGUGACCAGAGAUUUCUUUUAUUUUGUUGUCUCAUUCUAUGCUUGUCUUCUCAUACCACUGUUAGUUAUGUUGAAAUCAUUCAUCAUUGUGGCUUUUGUAUCGUGUGUGCAAUGAAAGAAGGAUAAUUCCUGUGUAUCACCUUCUGUUGAUCUUUUGUUUUCUAGCGUGUUUAUUGCUAUGGUGUUCAAAACCUUCACAGAGGGUCGCUAACUCAAGUUAGGGUAUAAUUUGUUCCGAAUAUUUAUUACUUACCUUCUACAAAGAUACUUGAAUAUUGUAUUUUUAGCUUCUAUACAUGUGACAUACCUUUUUAUUCUGCUGCACAUGGCACACCAUCAUGAUGGACUGCUGUAUCAGUUUGUGUUGAAAGCCAGACGCUGUUAGUCAUCCUGUAAUUCCCGAGUAUUACUGUUUUUAGCGAGCUUGAAGAUAUGUAGUGCAAAAUUGGAGCUUUGUUUGUGCUGUCUAUAGAAUGUGUUGUAAGGAGACUGCAUAAUGUGUUGUCUUUGUUCAGCAUUUUCACUAUAAACCUUGCAAUCAUUUACAAGCAAGAUUUUUCAUGACUGCUAUUAUUUGGUAACAUUUUCAAUUUGUACGUACAUUACAAUAAAUGGAGUCUAAUAUGUGA